GUCUGUGCUCGAGUUCGUUCUCGCACCAGUCGUGGGCUUCCUGGUCAGGUUGACCUUACAUGGUGUCAUAAGUGGGAUCUGAAGGCACCAACCACUUGAACCUCUGGAAUCAAGUGAGUUUCCUGUACUUGAGUCCUUUGCACUGUUAGCUUCUGUGAGCCAUUCUAACUUUGAUUUUUGCUACCCUUGGAUGCACUCCUGAUAUGGAGAAGAUUGAAGAACAAUUUGCCAACUUGAACAUUGUUAAACGUUCCUCAGAAACUAAAGAGCCUACUUACCUGCUUGGCAUAGACACAUCAAAGACUGUACAAACAGAAAAAGGAAGCUUGGUUGCUGUUUUAUGUUCUAAUGGAUCAAUCAGAAUAUAUGAUAAAGAAAGGUUAAAUGUAAUACGAGAAUUUAGAGGAUGUCCUGGACUUAAUGGAGUCAAGUUUGCAAAUUCCCAUGACAGUGUGUAUUCCUCAUGCACUGAUGGCACUGUAAAGUGUUGGGAUGCUCGACUGGCCAGCGGAAAGCCUGUCCAGCUGUUCAAGGGUUACCCUUCCAAUAUUUUUAUCAGUUUUGAUAUCAGUUCUAAUGAUCAUGUCAUUUGUGCUGGUACAGAAAAAGUUGAUGAUGAUGCAUUGUUGGUAUUUUGGGAUGCCAGAAUUAAUUCUCAGGACUUGUCUACUACCAAAGAGCCACUUGGUGCAUAUUCAGAGACACAUAGUGAUGAUAUCACUCAAGUAUGUUUCCAUCCCAGUAAUCCAAACAUGGUAGUCUCAGGUUCAACUGAUGGCCUGGUAAAUGUAUUUGAUAUUAGCGCAGAUAAUGAAGACGAUGCACUGGUCACAACCUGUAACUCAGUUUCAUCAGUAAGCUUUAUUGGUUGGUCUGGGAAAGAUUAUAAACAGAUUUACUGCAUGACACAUGAUGAGGGAUUUUGUUGGUGGGAUCUUAAUCAUCUGGAUACAGAUGAACCAAUUACAUGUUUGAACAUUCCAGAUGUCAGAGAAGUAAUUAACGUGAAAGAAGGGAUUUUGGACUAUUUGAUUGGUGGCCUAUAUCAUGAAAAGACAGACAAAUUAUUUGUUGUUGGAGGGACAAACACAGGAAUCAUUCACAUAAUGAGCUGUAUGACAUCAGGAUUGGUCCAUGUGACCAGCCUUCAAGGAGGGCAUGCUGCUACAGUCCGGUCCUUCUGUUGGAAUAUGCAGGAUGAUUCUUUGCUAACUGGAGGAGAAGACGCACAGUUGUUACUUUGGAAACCUGGAGCAGUAGAGAAGACAUUUACAAAGAAAGACAGCAUGAAAAUAGCAUCCUCUGUAUACCAGCGAGUUCGCAUUCACAGUAAUGAUUCUUAUAAGAGAAAGAAAAAGCAAUGAUGUUACAUUGGGCGUUUACUUGAUAGGUUUUAUAGUUGCAAAUAAUUAUUUCUGUGUACUACCUGUGGUAGACAUAUAAAAGCUCAUAUAUAAAUAAAAACAAGCCAG